CCCCGGAGGGGGCGCUGCAGCCGCGGACCGACCCCGGGCAGGGCCCAGCGCGGAGGGCGGCAGCCUCCGUGGAGUCUCAGCGGAGCCCCACCCGGGCCUGGCCUCCCGCGCAGCGCGCUCGGCGGUUCCCAGGUCGCAGCCGGGUCACGCCCGGGGAUCCUGUCCUCCCCAGACCGGGGGUCGGGGCCGGGGGCCCAGGACCGGCCGAGGCAGCGUCUCCCUGGAGUCCGCGAGUGGAGGCGCCCGGAGGGGCGGGGUCUUCCCACAUCCAGGGCGGCCCCCCCCCACCGGGCGGGGCGUCACAGAGGCCCGCGGUCCCCACGGCAACCGGGCAACGCGGCAACCCCGCGGGACGCUGCUCUGGGCAGGGCGCACGGUGGGCCGCUGAGCUCACCACUCCGGAAGGAGGGCAAACCAUGAACUUCCAGGUGACAGGCUUGGGCCUAGACAAGAUGAAGCUGGACAGUCCCCAGUCCUUCCCGGACCAGGAGGAGGUGGAAGAGGUGGAGGGUCAGCAGCUGCUGGAACCAGAGGCUUGGCGGACCUACGUGGAGCGCCGCCAUGCUCUGCGCGAGUUCCUAAGCUCUGACCUGAGCCCCCAUCUGCUCAAGCGCCAUCGUGCCCGCAUGAAUCUGCUCAGGAAAUGCUCCUACCACAUCGAGAUCCUCCCCAAGCACCUGGCCCUGGGCGACCAGAACCCACUGGCGGUGCCCAACACCGUGUUCCAGCACAUCGACCCCUGGAGGUUCCAGCGCAUGAAGAAACUGGGCACUGCCCAGACCAAGAUCCAGCUCCUGCUGCUCGCGGACCUGCUGGAGCAGCUGGUCCAAGGCCGUGCCGAGCUGGAUGCGCUGCUCGAAUCGCCUGACCCACAGCCCUUCCUGGCAGGCUGGGGGCUGUUGGAGCAGCGGCUGGCAGACCUGUUGGCCGUCAUGGACAGCUUCUUGGCCAUGAUGGUACCGGGGCGCCUGCACAUGAAGCACCACCUGGUGUCUGACGUCGGCUCCACCAAGAUCCCACCCAUCCAGCUCAUGCUAAGCACCAAGAUGCCCGUCAUGUUUGACCGCAGAUUGUCGGUGGCCCACCAGGACUGGGUCAGCCUGCGCUGGUUUGUCACCAUCCAGCCAGCGGGGCCGGAGCAGUUUGAGCUCCGUUUUAAGCUGCUGGACCCACGGACACAGGAGGAGUGCACACAGUGUGGCAUCAUCCCCGUGGCUGCCUGCACCUUCAACAUCUAUAACCUGCUGCCCAGCCGCUCCUACAAGUUCACCAUCAGGAGAGCAGAGGGCUACAUGCUGGUGUACGAGCCCUGGCGGGACAGCCUCACGCUGCAGACCGGGUCGGGGCCCCCAGAAAGGCCCACCCCCAGUCAGCUGGGCGAGCUGGGCCCAUUCCCAACCACACCUUCUGAGCGAUGAUUUUCUAAUAUUUAUCCACUAAUUAAGAGGAGUAUAAACAUACAAUUAAAGAAACAA